AUGGUAGUAAAUGUUUUUGCAACAUCGGCAACAGUCGAACAGUGUUCACGUUACGAAUUAUUAGCAUUCGUUAACAAUUUUCUUAAGGCAAAUUUAACACGUAUCGAAGAAAUGGGAACAGGAGAAGCUUAUUGUCAAUUAACUGAUAUCUUAUUUCCUGGAAUAAUCCAAUUGAGAAAAGUAAAAUGGAAUUCCAGGAAAGAGCUCGAUUGGAUUGCCAAUUGGCGUCUUUUGCAAUCUGCUUGGAAGGACAUUGGUGUUGAAAAGGUUGUCCCUGUUGAAAAAUUAUUGCGGUCUAAAUUUCAAGAUAAUUUUGAAUUUCUGCAAUGGUUUAAGAAAUUUUUUGACGCAAAUUAUCAAAAUCGUAGCUACGAUGCGCUUUCUGCUCGUUAUGGUGAAGUAUGGGCAAAUGUUUAUGAGGAUUUUUUGGUCGACUUGGAAAAAGAACGAGAUUUUUAUUUUAAAAAAUUGAGAAAAAUCGAGAUAAUUUGUCAAACAGCAUUGUCCGAAAAAAAGAAAGUAGUUCCGGAUGUGAUACUCGAUAUACUUUAUGAGACCGAGGUUUCUUUUAUUCUUCUUCGAUUUUCAUUUGUUUACAAAAUGGCAUCGAACUGA